AAUCAUAAUUAUAUUUUAUAAUAUCCUUCACAUAGUGUUGUGUUUCACCUUACAAGUCCAAUAAACUCGUCCAAUUAAACAUGACAGGUAUUUCAAUUUGAAGCGAAUCAUCAACAUUACAGUUUUAAUUAUGGGUGAUAUGAUUUGGGCAGUCGGUGGCUUCAUCAUUGGAUUGCUGUCGAUUAUGAUGAUUGUCCUCGCCUUUGCUACUCCUUAUUGGAUACAACCAGAGCCAGGACAUGUCAUAUCAACACAACUUCAGAAACUUGGACUGUGGGAAAUCUGUUUCCAGGGAUACAAUGACAUACGGGAUGGACUAGGGAGAGUCUAUAAUGGCUGCUAUUGGGUAUUUGCCAGAGAAUACGAUGUCAUCAGGAAAUACCUUAUACCCUCAUGGUUUGCCACAGCCCAGGCCCUAGAGACCCUCAAUCUCGUGCUAGGACUCCUGUGUGUGCUGUUUGGACUGCUGGUGCUCAUCAGAUGUCUGUCAUCCUCUGCUCAGAAAUACACGGUUCUGUCUCUCGCUGUAGGCUAUCUCGUCAUUGGUGUGUUGUCAGCGAUCCUGUGCACAUUUUUCGGAAUAAAUGCGGGCACGGACAGAUCCUGGUUGAAACAGCCCCAGUUUCGACACCUAGCGUGGUCGUUCUACGUGGCAGUCAUUGGAGGAAUUAUUGCUUUUUUUGCUUCCAUGUGCUACGUGGUUUACUACAUGAAAAUACGAAAAGGGGGUGAAACGUCCACAGCAUAUCGCGCAUAUGAAAUGAGAAAUUACAGACAGAAUCAUCGAGCAGCGAGUAGUAAUAGAUUUUAUAAAUAAAUUACCUGGUAGAGCUUGUUGUAACAAUUAGCACCAUAUACUGUAUUGUGAAAAUAAUGUUGUUGGAGCUAUAUGAGACAUGGCUUUUUUCACCUUCUUUGGGAUGGCAUUUGCCAUCAUUUUUGGGGAAAAGAAGGCUGGUAGUUUGUAAAUGAUAUGAGGGGGUAGCGGGAAUUUAUAGAGUGGAAUGAAAAACCAAGGGAAACAAUGCAUGAUUGUAAAAACAUAUUCAGAGGGAAUGACAUCUUGUACCAAGCCUUACUGUGAAGGAAAAAAGGCCUUGUCCGUGGUCUUGGACCAAAAAAUUGUGACAUACUCAUACAGGCACUCGCACAUUAUCAUAUCUUUGUAUAUAUUGCAUAUUUUAUAUAUGUCAUGUUUAUCUGCUUUGAUAUUUUUUUUCUAUAUUGAUACUCAUUGAUCUUUCUAAUGACAACAACAAACAAAACUCAUGUAGAAGUACAUGUAAUCACAGGCUAAUCAGGGACGACACUUUCCACUUUUAUUGUAUUCAUCCUUUAAAGAUAGUCUCUUUUUAGCAAUCCAGUUUAGGAUGAAAGUGUCAUCCCUGAUAAGCCUGUGCAAACAGCACAGGCUAAUUUGGGACAACACUUUAGGCACAUGCAUUAAACCCCCUUUUCACAGAGCACGGCUCAAAUAUAGUUGUUAUUUGAGUCUUAAAAGUAUUUGUCAGGUCCUGGUAAAAUUUCAAUUGUUUUUCAACAGCCAGUAAACACCUCUUAGUUAUACUGAUGCGUGGAUAAUUACACAUUCUUAGACACAUUAUUUAUUGGCAGACAUUCAACAAUUAUAAAACAUUUCUUCUAAACUGGACAUGUUCACAGAUUUAAGAAUUGACCCUGUUUUAAAAGUUGUCACGUAAAAUUAAUCAAAAGUUAAAUCUGGUAUUUAGUGAAGCUAUUUCAAGAAACAGCAUUGUGUGACCUACUGUGUACUUGGAAAGCUUUGAAGGAAUUGUCUGAUUUCUGUUUCAAACUGUUUAUUCAGAAUAUUAAUCUAUUUUGGACAUGUCGAUGCAAAUAAGCAGUUUUUCAUAGUUUUGCAUUUAGUUGAAAACGAUUACAUGCAAACCUCUUUAUUUGUUAAUACAUGUACAUUAUAUAUACACAUUAUUUAGUAGUUACAUUUGAAUUGUGAAAAAAUGGUUGUGCAGACUUUUAUAAGUUUCAGUAUGUGAGUCCUUUCUCUCAUAAAUAUUGUUUAUUUCUAAGGGUUUUUUUUUGGGGGGGGGGGUUGCUCCAUCACCAUUUUCAUUCUUUUUUAUACUUUAUCCAAACAGAAUACCGGUAUUUUUAUAAUAUAGAAUUAUCUAUUAUAAACAUACCAAUAUCUAAUAAUAUAUUAAUGUGAAUGAGAACAAUUUUGUUGAGUGAUUGAAAAUCACUGUUUUUAAAUGUGCUUUAUGAUUUUGUGUUAAAAUGUUAACUCUUUUAAAUCUUAGUGUUGAAUGUGGUUUUCAAAGGUUAAGUCCCUAUAUGUUUCAUAAAUGUUUCAUACUUUUUGAGAACAGUAAAGUUUUUAUGCUUCCCCAAAAUUUAUUUUUGGGGGAGCAUAUUGUCGCCACUUCGUCUGUCCAUGUGUGCGUCUGUCUGUCCGUGCGUCCCUGCACAAUUUUUGUCCGGGCUAUUUCUCAGCAACUUAUGACCGGAAUUCAAUGAAACUUUAUGGGAAGCUUCACUACCAAGAGGAGAUGUGCAUAUUAUCAGCGGGUUCUGGUCGGAUGAUUUUUCACAGAGUUAUGGCCCUUUGAAAUUUUAUAUUAAAAAAUUCUUGUCCCCCCAACUACUGUGCCCUCAAGACGUUUCCUUUUAUCUGAAUAUAUAGUGCAAUUUUGUGAUAAAAAAACACUUUGGGAAGCAUCACCCGUCUCCUACGGUUUCUUGUUUUUAUUGUUUUUUAAUACUGUUUGCUAUUUUAUACCAUAAAAAUAUGAGUGAAUAUCAUUUCAAGGGUCUAAACCAGACAAACCCUAAUAGAUGGAAACUGAAAACACAGUCUAUUUUGGAGAAUAUUUGUACCAUUUCCUACAUUUUGAAUGAGUACCUGUUAUGAUUUAAAAAUACUUAUUCUUUGGAAUGCAACAAUUAAAAAACUUUCACACUCACUCUUUAUUUAUCCGAAGAGCUAUAUAGUUAAUAAAUAAUACACACACAUCAGCUUAACAUACUGGCUGGGUUUAAAUUAAGUAUGACACUCACAAUAAUGUACUUUUUAGCUCGGCUGUUUUCAGAGAAAACCCAAGGUAUUGUCAUAGUCAGCUCGUCAUCCGGCGUCUGCCAUCUGCGUCGUGCUAAAACCUUAACAUAGGCUCUAAAUUCAAAGUGCUUACACAUACAACUUUGAAACUUCAUAUGUAGAUGCACCUUGAUGAGUUAUACACGCUACACCCAUUUUUGGGUCACUAGAUCAAAGGUCAAGGUCACUUCUGACAAGCUUUCAUUCAUUCAAAACUGCACCCAAGGGCCGAGCAUUGGUACACACUUUGCAGUACUCUUGUUAUAAUAUAUUUAUGUCCUUAACUUCAGCUGUGUUUAAGUGAGAUUAAAUCAAAUUCAAAAUUCACAAACAUCGCUAGAAAAGUUGCUUGUUUUAUCAAAUUAUUUGCUCAACAAACUUAAUCAUAUACAUAAUAUAAGUGUGGUAGUUAAUAAUAAAUGAAAAAACAACAACAAUUUGUUUACAUUGUAGAUUUAUUCUUCUUUGUUCAGACAAUAUUUAACUUUAUAGCCUCUAGGUUCAUGACACUUGCUGACUUGGCAAAUUAAUAUUGAUGUUAGCAGUAAAACUACAAAUAUUAGUAAUGUGAAAUAUUAUAAUAAAGUCAAACAAAUAAUGUUUUCUAAAUUUAUUGUUUCUUCCUACACAGUAUACCGAUAUUGCUUAUGAUUGAAUUAUUUGCUAUCUUUUGCAUUUUUAAAGUUAAGUUACAUAUAAACUGUUAAAAUAAGCAGAUUUGUAUUUCUUGCGAUUUUUUAAUAGGAGAGAUUCUCCUAUCACCUUAUGGAAUUUCUGAAACAUACAUGUAAUGUCAAGAAUUGUUGGACUGUUUAGUCCGUGGUGCUUUAUAUCUUUUUCCCAGUGUAUGUGUAUCAUUAUUUAACUCUUUCAGUGCUGGAAGCGAAUUUUUAAGGCCUUUGCAAACAGUUUGGAUCCAGAUGAGAUGCCGCAGAACGUGGCGUCUCAUCAGGAUCCGAACUGUUUGCUAUUCUGAUAGUAUUCUUGGGAAAAAAAAUCAAAAAAAUACGAAGAUAAGAAAAUCAGCAGAGGACAUUUCAGCAGACAACAAAUUUCCCAGCAUGCAAAGGGUUAAGGGUCAAAUGUUCACCACAACUUGCAACUGUUUCUCUUUUGUAUUGCAUUUGACUUGUAUAUAUCUUUGUUAGACAAGCAUUGUAUUUUGUGUCCGGUGUGUCGUAGUUUUCUUUUGUGUUUCUUUCCAGGGAUCAUAUGUUAUAUGUUGUCAUCUGAUUCUUAUACAUUAACAUGUCGUCAUUCUGUGCUUGCUUUUAUUUGUAAAAAUUAUGUCAAUAUCAUUUGUGAUUGCUUUUUUUCAACACAACCAGAGACGUAGAUGUUAUCUACGUCUCUGACACAACAUAUCAAAUAAUAAUAUUAUAAUGUCCAGUAUAUUUUUAUUUUAUUUAAUGAGUUAAUAACUACAACAUUACAUGUAUCAGGUUUGCACAUUCUUUGCAGGGGUUUAUCACUGUUUAUGAGCACUAUUAAAUUAUCUUUUGUAAAUGUCUCAUUUACUAUUAGUGACUUUGUCUCAAAACAACUGAUUGACAAUAAACCAUUUUAAAUGUGAA